ACCGGCCGGCAGUGGCCGCUGGAGAGGCGAGGGGAGCGGGUGUCUGGUGGCCGGGCCGGGCGGUGGGUGGCUGGGAUAGUGGAGUCGGAGCGUGUUCUGGUCGGUGACGCUGGUGGAUAGCGGGAGACAGCGAGGGACGCUGGUGGAUGACGGGAGACGGACUUCACUGGCGUCGGCCCAGCGGUGGUGGACGGGGGACCGCCAUCGUCACCGCCGUCCUGACUGCACCAGAACAACAGCGGCGGACCGAGACAGCAGAGCGACACCGGGCGGCCACUUCGGAACGGGGCGGUGAUACGGGCAUAACAAAGCAACAUUUUUUGGGUUGUCCGCGUGACUCAGACUCUGUGGACCACCGUCCGCUGUCUGCCCUCCGCCCGGUCUCCGACACACCGGGCCUUCGGAAGACUGGUCGUCAAACUACAAUGCUUAGAAGUCCUCGGACUACAGAAUUACUCGUCAUCAAACUACAGUACUAUGUUCAACUAAAUGAGGACGAUGAUCCGGCCCUCUACAGAGAGCGACUCCCAUCAGUUAGCACCAGCCUGACCGCUGGAGGAGCUCCUGUCCUGCUGGCACCGCCGGCGGUCGCCGUGCUGCCAGCGCUGAUCAUUACGCGGAGGUGGCGCGCCUUCUGGUUCAGUACUGCGUGUGGAUCGACCUGCAGAACGAGGUGGCGCGCUCGCCGCUGCAGAUGGCGCCACCGGGGCUGGCGAGCGACCUCCAGCAGCUGGCGCCGCCCCGGUGGAGCCCACCGCUGCCACAGAUGGCAGCAUCGUCGCCCACAAGGCUCGACUGGCCGUCAGUGCGCGUAUUUCGAACCGGUGGACUUUUGUUUCAUAUCUCUGAUCCAGAACAGUGUCGCUCUGCAAUAAGGGCCAGCCAGCGUUUGUUAGGUGUCACUUUGCUGGUGUUGAAUCUGAUGAUGCGAUGUUACUAGGACUUGCCGUCCUAACUAGAUUCGUCGGAACUAGGUCUUCAGCAGCGCCCAAUAACCAGUAGGUACUUUCGGUGUGACUCGCUUUUCCUAAAUCUGUGGAAGUGCGUUCUGUAACGCUCGCCGCUCACUGUACCUGUACCUGUACGCUUGUCACGUGAGGUGUCGCUGUCUGUACCCAUCAUUGCCGUAUCUCUUUCGUUACACUUUCGCUGUAUAGCUGCACCUUGUCGACUGCUUGUGCUGAGUAACUACGGCGGAAGCUGAAGACGUCUUUUGUCGUCCUGUGACGUAUCUCAGGCUAGCGUAGCGUUUGUGCGGUUACCUGUCAUUGACGUAUGUGGACUUUGCCAGUGUCAUGUUUUCGCUGUCAUCACCGUGCUGUCUGCGCGAACAUUGGGACAAUGGCUGUGCUUAAUGUGCAUGCGAUGCGCAUCUCUGUUCGCUGUAGGUAUUGCAUUUGACUCUUGGUAAAGCCGUGAGGUAGAUGAGGUUCUUGUGACUCGGAUCUGCGUACUCCCUGUUUUCCGUGUGCGUACGUCGCCAGUCAAUGUAGAGGCAUUUGAAAACUGAUUGAAAAUGUAGCAAGAUCUGUCGCCUUUAUCUAUAAAUAUGACCUGAUGUUGGUACCUCGGCCGUCCUCCUGGAACUGCGAGGCGUGAGCUAGUAGCUGACACAGAGAUUGCUGAAUGUUUGGCGAAUAAAGAUCGAAAAACCA